AUGUCCGCAACCAUCGACUCUAACCGCGGCGUUCAACGCGGUGCCCUGGCCCAGUCCAGUUUCGUGCAUUCAGCUGUCGGUGAUGAUGAGGAUUCCCGUGACCUAACAUCGGGGAUACCCGGGACGCUCUACCUCCCCGGCAGCAAUCUCAACGGCUCUAACUUCUUCUCUACUCUUGAGGGAUUUGAUGAUGAGAUGCGUUUCGAGAGGGCUAGCAAGAUGCCCAAGAUUGACCCUUCUGGACCGUUCUCUUGUGGGCCUACCCUUGGGGACCAACUAGGGCCGAGGGACGCGGGCUUCGACACGUCCAUGACUGGAGUCAAUAACAAUUCGACCCUCCUUAUGAAGUUGCUCUCUUCAACUGAUGUUGAAGGUCACCAUGCGCCUGAGGAACCCGGUCCUAGGCAUGCAAUUUACUCGGCUUUGUUGAAUUUAGCCACGAGUGGAGGCAAUCGAUCAACCCCUGGAGCCUCCACUACUUCCAAAGGCUCAGCUGCCAAUAUUAAUAAUCGUGAGCGAUCAGCACAAGGUCACCACACGGGUCCUGCUCUCAUCCUGGGACCAGAAUUGUUUUCUGCUGGUCUCCCGCAGUCCAUGGGCCUAACGACUUUAGCCGCAGCCGUGACGACUCCCACGGUUGGCCGCAAAGUGAGGAGGGUUCAACGCAGCUAUGGUACUGGUAAGUUCGCUGGUGCCCACAACUUCCCGAAUGAUGAUGUUAAUGGUCCCGUAAGGGUGGUCCGUAGAGUUCACGGUUGGGUUACUAUUCUGAGAAAUGGAGGUAGACAAGCCACUGGCCCCUACCGUGAAACUGUUUAUCAAUGUGUUGAAGAUCAAAAGGAAGUCCAUCGACUACGUGUGGAAAGGGGUCUGACCAAUUCUGAGUUGAUGCAACUCCUUGAACAGAUGAAGGUUGUCACUGAUCGACACCCGUCUACGCAGUUGAUCAAGAAACCCAGGAAGCUGGACUAUACGGCUCCCAUUGGCGUUAGACGUAUGCACAAGGGUUUCAGAGCGAGUGUGCGAGUGAGGGGUAAAGAGGUCUAUGGUCCACUACGACAAGAUGUUGCUGAUGCUACCUGUGAUAGAGAGGAAAUGAUGAAGUAUCGUCAUGUAGUUGACGCUCCUGGCAUGAGGGCUUUUGUUAAGACCCUAAAGGAACGCGUCUAUCCUCAUCAUCAACAAGAAGUCCAUCGUUCUCUGCAUGGCGAGCAGGCACCGCCCUCUAACACUCAUUCUAACACUCAUCGUUUGGGCAUACUGGUAGUCGACCCGAGUUUUGAGGGAGUGUCGACGAUAAAACGCCAUCGUGAGGUGCAAGGACUUGUGAAAGAUCUUUUGGACUCGGGUGAGCUGCAUGCUAUCAGUCUCCAGCAUUUUGGGAAAAUGUCAUCAACAACUAAAGCGGGAAUGAGCCCGGCUGUCGACUUCCGUCAUCUCAUAUCGGUUUGUGUCGCCGCUGCACAGGGAGCAGCGGGCAUCAUUCAAGAUGUUCACGACAAGGGCUCGUUGGGGUUGGUCGAAAAAGGUUGCGGUGUUGAUUCGUUCACCGGAAGACCGAUGGACGAUCCCCAGACAGAAGCCGAUCGCCGUGCUGAGGCCUACAUAAUGUCCAUCUUAAAAACACAGGUACCUAAUCUCGAUCCGACGAGCAUCGUUGGCGAAGAAAGCGAAGAGGGGGAAAGAAUCAGCGUGAAUAACAGAGCAACGGCAGGCAUCAUCGUUCGCCUAGUCGAUCGAGAAACUUUUGUGGGAGUAGUUGGCGUUGGUGUUUUCCGGACGCGCCCAGGAGAAAGCAUUGAGGCCGUGAGCAGACCUGAGCGUGUUGAUGUUGACAUUGCAGACGGACUUGACAUUUGCACAACAAGAACUAAAACUGCUCCUGUUGUCGUGGCGGCAUUCGAAAAUCUCGGACCAAAAACUCGAACUCUGAAACACGGAGGUGCUGGAAGGAAGUUCCUCGACGUCGUGACGGGCGUUGCUGACGCGUAUCUGUAUCCGAGACCGGGCACAAAAAGAUGGGAUAGCUGUGCAGGCGAAGCCCUUUUACUUGCACUAGGCGGUAAUGUGACCGACGCCAUCGGAGACAUAAUAGAAUACCACAUUUUUCGUGAAUCCACUGACGUUCUCACUAAUGGCGCUGAUCCUGAGCAUCCGUACUUGAACGCUUAUGGCCUGGUGGCUAGCAUAAGAGGGCCUGAAUUCCAUUAUAAGGUCUUGCUUCCUGCAGUCUACAAAGCUGUUGCUGAGCAUGCUCCGACAUUCCCGUUGUCAAGUGAACGAAAACACGAGGCGGCUAUUUGA